CGACCGCAAGAUGAAGUCUCUCGCGCCAGGCACUCUUUCUUUGUUGAUGCGUCGCCGCACGUUGUUUGUCUUGUAUUGAGAUUCUUUUACCUUGCCGAGAAUGCCUAUGAAAGGGACAACCACAACGCGCAUAGAGAACCAGUCCGCAUUUUGAGGUACCUUUGACUGGACAAUUUAUGCUUUGCGGUUUAUCAUCUACUUUCGUGGAUCACGCGACGCGCCGCGAUACUGCGCGAGGUGCAGCUUGCUUGCUCUUAGCCAAGCUCCAUGUCAGCAUCUUUACAUGUGUCGCUUUGAACUCCUGGGACGUUCAAUCCUCUAUUGGCAACGUCAAAAGUCCAAGAGAGACAGAGAUUUGUCUCUGAGGGAACUACCACCACAAUGCUCCACGAAAUCCUCCUCUGCCUCUCAGGCCAGCCAUCGACUCUUUUCAAUUCGCAAAGUGAAGAGUCUUUGGUCGCUGAAGAUGCCUUCCCGCUCGUCUCUCCUCCGGAAAAAGCCCUCCUCUCCUCACUCGCCCAUUUGAGCCGACUUCAUGCCAAGCUGCGACAACAUACAGGGUUGAUUUCCGCCUCCCAUGGGUCCGUCAUCUGUCGUGCAGUCUCAACGGCCAUCAGCGCGCAGCAUCUUGGUCAAUUUCAAAAAAGGAUAUUAGAGGUGGAGAAGGCGAUCCUGGUGGAGGACAGCGGGUAUGUCGGUGGCUACGGAAUUGUACCUUUGUCCACAAUAGUCGGGGAAUUUACACCCUGGACGCGGCGACUUGAAUGGUUAUGGCAGAUCGUAAUGCAUAUGCAGUUUGCGGAUACGAAAGGGGCCGGUUCACCCUGUAGUGGUGCAGCCUUGAUUGACCAUCUCCGAGCCGAGCUCCAAACGGGCUAUGCUGAUGUGAGGGAGAUUGCGCUUCAUUUGGUCAGUACUGCAGAAACUGCCUGGGUCAGGCAAUUAUCAACGUGGCUGUUAUAUGGAAAUCUUCCAAUCCUCGGCAAAUCCGACUUCUUCAUUCAUGAAACGAACACGAUUGGCGAUAGUCAGCCCUCAAAUGGGACAAGUUUUGAAAUGCACCCUAAGCUUCUGCCCCAAUUUGUGCUGCCUCAAACGGCGUCAUCUAUCCUUUUCAUCGGCAAGACUCUGAAUUUCAUUCGGAUUAAACGGGGCACUUCAGGUACGAACAAGGAUACAGGGCUUUCGACGACACCAGUCACGCUACGCGAGGACCACAUUAAGCAUCUUGCUGCUCUGAGGUCACCCAUAACACCAACCAUGAUAUCAGCUGUCGUUGUUUCCAUAAGACUUUCUUUGUCUCAGAGCACGCUCUCAACACUUCUGCCGACAUCUAAGGUCCUUGAGACGUUGUCCGUCUUGCACGAUUUCCUGCUGCUAGGACGAGGGGAGUUUGCAACAGCACUUGUCUCUCAUGCAGACCGCCGUUUAUAUGAGAAGCGCCAGAGAACCGCAACCUCAAGAUACAAGAGUAAUGCCCCGGCUGAGAUUGGAGGUCCAUCUAUCAAGGAAAAUGACGUGGUCGCAACUCUGGCUCAGGCUUUGUCGGAGCUUUAUUCAUUGCAGAACGAAGAGGAUCUUGCAGAUGAUGAACUUGAACUCGCAAGGAUGCUUCUUAAUUUGACAAUCAACGAGCGCACAGGUGACGGAGGAGAGGUUUCGUCUCAUUUUACAACAGAAGCCUACCCAGGACUCAGAUUGUCCAACAUAUCAUUCGACGAUCUUUUGUUCCCCAUAGCUACGAACCUUUCGAUGCACAUAAAUUCUCCUCUUGACCUAUUUAUUUCUGCCUCUGAUAUGUCUGUGUACUCCAGAAUCCACUCCUUUCUCCUGGGCAUAAGGCGUGCUCAUUUUCACCUUGGUGACCUUUGGAAACACACUUCCCUCCGAAGAUGUUAUCCCUCGCCCUGGGGGCCGCCUCGCAGCAAUACUACAUAUGGUCAGAAUAGACUUGCAGAAAGCAGGCAAAGGGACAAUACCCGACUACGGCAGAUGAGAGCGGUUUGGGCAACGUCUAAUGGUUCUUUGUUUGUGCUCUCUGAGAUUGGAAGUUAUUUUCAAGGAGAAAUCAUCAAUGAAUCAUGGCGGCACUUUCGAGAAUGGAUUAUGUGUGGUAAUCACCAAUCAACAUAUGCUACAGGCUCCCGACCUGGGACCGCAUCGUCGUCGAAGAGCAGACAAAUUAACACUCCGGCUGCAUCUCAUCCCGCACCGGGUUCAGGCUCCAUUGGCGGUACAUCGGGGUUCAGACGUCAUGAUCCGGAAACUAUAGCGGCUGCCCACCGUCGGUAUCUUUAUACUCUGGUCGAAGCUCUGUUCCUGACUGAUGUGCCCUUUAUGGAAGCGCUAAGGUCCUUGCUCACAAGCAUCGAACACUUUAUUGCGCUUAUCGUGCGCCUGGAAGACAUACAACGCAAUAUGGAUCUAGAAACAGACGAAGGAGUGAUUGAUUCUCUGGUAGACUAUGCCGGAGAGGAACGUGAUUUGUGGCAAGCACUUGAUGCUGCACGCGCUGAUGUCGAAGGUGGAAUAAGAGGUGUUGUCUUACGUCUCCGAGACAUUGAUGAUAGCCGAUCCGCUGAAGGGCGACAGUUGUUUGACAUAGUGAAUGACAAAGGUGAUGACUGGUCUUAUCAGUCCAUGGGUGCUGAAACCGGAUUCCGCCAUUAUAUCCCGCGAAAGGCAGCCGGCGUUGACCGGCUCCUGAUGAAACUGGAAUUCGGGAAUGUGAAUGGGAGCAUUGGACCUGGUUCUGUUGGCGUGGGCGCAAUUGGGGGUAUCGCAUGAUGCAUACUGUGUAUUCCACGAUGCUUGCCACAUUCAAUAGGGAAUACUCGCUCUUGUCAAUUAUGCUUACAGUCGUGAGGUCGGAAGAUGCUCGGUCGUCCUCACAAAAGCCUUACGAGACGACAUGCACGUCUUCAUACUGGUUAUCAUUUGAGGUCAUGAUCCCAGCAUACGCCACCGUCAGAAUCCCCAAAGCUUCAGCAAAGUCAUGAACUACUUACUUUGAGGAUCAAGUAAGCUUGAACUCAUCAGUCUGAAAGAAAUUGAACAAUUGCUGCAUGGA